ACAAAAUCUUUUCCAAGAAAUUUUAUUUUUUAAAAAAGGAAAAAAAAUCUAAAAAUCCCCAAAUCCAAUUCUUCAAUCUUUUGGUCAUGGAACCUAAUAAUGACGGCAGUGGACUGAGUUCUUACUUCCACCAUCAGCUCCACAGCCAAUCUCCUCCGCCACCACCAACCUCCGCCGUCACCGGAAACCUAUCGCAGGCAAAUGGAGUUGUACCCAACAGUACAACCGCUACGAACAUGGCGUACCUCCACAGCGUCCCUUCUGCCGUUUCAUCUCCUUUGGAAACUGUGAAGAGGAAGAGGGGAAGACCCAGAAAGUAUGGUACUCCCGAGCAAGCCGCCGCUGCUAAACGGCUGUCGGGUUCUUCCGUGCCCAAGAAACGGGACAACCAAGAUUUGACAGCUUCGGCAGCCGGACCUUCUGGUCCUUACUCCUAUUCUUCCAAGAAACCCCAGUUUUCUGCUAUCGGCAACAUAGGCCAAGGCUUCACUCCUCACAUCAUUACUGUAGCUGCUGGAGAAGAUGUGGGUCAAAAAAUCAUGGUGUUCUUGCAACAGAGCAAGCAUGAAAUGUGUAUUAUUUCAGCAUCUGGCUCAGUGUCAAAUGCCUCUCUACGCCAGCCGUCGACAUCUGGAGGCACCGUUGCAUAUGAGGUAGACACUAUAUAUUAUUUACUUACGAAGCAAUAAAUUAUCCAAAGAGAUGCUUAUGUAGACAUGUAGUAGUUUUGAACCCCUGGUGCUACUUGGUAUCAUAUGUCCCACAAACAUGUUAGUUUUGUCCUCUCGUAUCAAAUGAUAUCAAAGUGUGGCAAGCGAAAUGCAUCAUAAGCAAAAAUAUAACCUGACAUAUAAGGGUGAGAAUAGUGUCAAUGUCUUCGUGAAAUAGAUUCUCAUGAAUUUGAAUCACGUUAGCAUUUACCUUCUCAGGAAUAAUACAUACAUUUAACGAUUUGGAUAAUUUUAUCUUUAAUCACCGGAUGCCAUUCAGCUGUUUAUGUUUUGUUUAGAUUCAAAAGUUCCGUAUAACAUUUUUAGUGGUCCGUAAACAAGAAAUUCUUGAUGUACCUUGAUCCUGAAUCUAUUUUUUUUAUUAGAAAAUUAACAAAUAAAUACAUUAUCUUCAAGCAGUUAACCAGAUAAUGGCCAUAGUGUUUGCGGGUAUAUGAUGUGGGACAAAUUUAGAGAGAGACUAAAAAAGCCUACCAAGAUAAGUUCUGGAGUGGGAUUUAGUUUAGAUUGAUGCUAGAAGUCUAAGCAAAAGGUUUGGAUUACUUGUAGAUUGACAGAAUGGUUUUGAGACUAAAAUUAGAUCUAUUUGGUUCUGUGAACAUGCCUGAGAACGAUAGUUGAGAAACUAGUCUUUAGUUGAUUUUGUUGAUUAGAAGUAUGGAGUAGGAGUACUGGUUUAUUGAAGUAAAAACGAGUGUUGGAAAAUUGCAUAGGAGGAUUGUAGAAGGUGACUAUUCUGAUCUCGGCAACUAACGACUCCUAGUAUAGAAGUCAAAUAGCUUGAAAUAAUCUAAUAAGACCCUACGGACUUGAGGGAGUACUCAUAUUCAGCCAUUGUAUAUAAAGACCAAAAUAACUUUGACUAAGAAAGAAAUCCUAAAUACGGUUAUUUCGAAAGCUUAUUAGAAUAAAACAGCUUAUAUAUGUCAAACCUAAAAGUAAUCUAAGUUUCUCUGAUUCCUGUCAUGUGUAAAAUGCAAUGUUUGUUCUUCUUUUUGACAAAUGUUUUGCAUCAGUGUGGUUGGUUGUAAGCAUAUUUAUUGUGUGGAUAUAAUAUAUUUUACCAUACAUAAUAUAAAUUAUGACAUCUGCCUAUUUGAGAUAAGACUUGUGACACAGAAAAGUCAUUCCUAUUUUUUUACCAAACACCAGGUUAGCUGGGAUAGAUAAAGAAUCUUUGCAUUAUGGUGCUCUGUAUCACCAGCAAAUUGAGUGUCAGUGAGGAUAUAGUAGAUGUAGCAUUAAAAAUUAAAAAAUAUGACUGCAAAAGCAAGCAAUAAUUCCAUUAAAAAUCACUUUUCCAACACCUAUAAACACACUUACAGUAUAGAGUGAGCUAUGAUCUGGACUCUUAAGUUGGAUCAAAUUUCACCUUCCAAUUGGCUCUGAUGUUCGGACAUUUCGAAAUGGAUGAAAUACCUUUGUCAAACGACACGACAUAGGUAUGAGUAUGGGUAUGAGAUAUGUGUUGGAUCCUCUAAUUUUCAACUGGACACUUUGCUGUUUCUACCUUU